UAGCGGAACCGACUAGGGUUCGGGAAAACAACCCCCGCCCACCCCUCCACCCCUCCUCCACCCCGCGUCUCUUCUUCAGCUCUCCCGAUUCUCUUUUCCAUUUCCUUCUCUCUCCCUUCUGGAUUCGAUGUUAGCUUAAGUAUCGAUCGGCGAUGGAGACCCAAUGGGUCGGGGAGUACCGGCACGUGGCCAUGGACAAGCGCCCCAGGAAGAGGCCCCGGCUCACUUGGGACGUGCCUCCUCUCGCUCCUCCCAGGGUCAUUCCAACAGUAUAUCAUGGACAGGAAGUUCUGUAUGGGGCUAGCACAAACCAUUUGUUGCACUCGUAUUACUCGACUGGAGUUCCUUCCCCUGCAUCUCCUCCAUGGAGAUUGGAUGACAAGGAUGGCCAUUACGUUUUUGCAAUUGGCGAGACUCUGACCCCGAGAUAUCGGAUACUCAGCAAAAUGGGUGAAGGAACAUUUGGACAAGUAGUGGAAUGUUUGGACUUGGAAAAGACAGAAGCAGUGGCUAUCAAAAUUGUGCGUUCACUUCGAAAAUAUCGGGAAGCUGCAAUGAUUGAAAUUGAUGUGCUUCAGAGACUUGCAAAAGCUGACAUCAGUGGUACACGCUGUGUGCAAUUACGGAAUUGGUUUGACUAUCGUAAUCAUAUAUGUAUUGUCUUUGAGAAGCUUGGACCAAGCUUAUAUGAUUUUCUCCGGAGGAACAGCUAUCGUUCAUUUCCCAUUGACCUAGUCCGGGAGUUUGGCAGACAACUUUUGGAGUCUGUAGCAUUUAUGCAUGAUUUACGGCUUAUUCAUACUGAUCUGAAGCCUGAGAACGUCCUUCUUGUGUCGUCAGAGUAUAUUAAGGUCCCCGAUUAUAAGUUUCUGACACGAUCAGCUAAGGAUGGCUCAUUUUCUAAGAAUCUGCCAAAGUCUAGUGCUAUCAAGCUCAUUGACUUUGGGAGUACAACAUUUGAGCAUCAGGAUCACAACUAUGUGGUGUCAACAAGGCAUUAUCGUGCACCAGAAGUUAUUCUUGGACUUGGAUGGAACUAUCCUUGUGAUUUGUGGAGUGUGGGUUGCAUUCUUGUUGAACUUUGCUCGGGAGAGGCACUCUUUCAAACCCAUGAGAACCUGGAGCAUCUAGCUAUGAUGGAGAGGGUGUUAGGCCCACUGCCACAGCACAUGGUCAUUAGAGCUGACCAACGUGCUGAGAAGUAUUUCCGUCGAGGACUGCGACUGGAUUGGCCUGAAGGGGCAACGUCAAAUGAAAGCAUGAGAGCAGUUUACAAGUUGCCUCGCCUCCAGAACCUGGUAAUGCAGCAUGUUGAUCAUUCUGCUGGGGAUUUGAUUGAUCUUCUGCAAGGGCUGCUUCGGUAUGAUCCGGCUGAGCGUCUGAAAGCACGAGAGGCCCUUCGACACCCAUUCUUUAUGAGAGAUCGGAGAAGAUAUGGUUAUUCUUUUAAUUUUUUGCAGAGGCUUCAAGCGUACAUGUAGCAAUUCUUUUGGCUGGACUUGGUGAUAGUGACCGGACAGAGGCUAUGCAUGGACAAAUCUGGACAGCCUGCGGCUUUGUAUUGCUUGCCUUCAAUUCUCAGAUACAAUGGUUGUUUUAAUGGGUUCAGGUUGUAUCUUUCAUGUGAAAGAAGAUCAAAUGAUUGAUCUUCUUUCGUGGUGUCGAGUGUUGGAUCAUGUCCUGUAUGGAUCUCAGAGCACUUCGAACUUUUCAUUCAUCCAUCUGCAUGCAUCUUGAAGCAAUUGUGCGAUCGAAUGGUGGGUUUGUACAAAGGAUGGUGAAUGCUUCUCCCAUGCCAAAGAUAAAUAUUGUCAUGAUGGUUGUGAAGACCAGCUGAAGGAUACCCUGCAGUCGAUACAUUGUUCCAGAGAUAUUAAUGGCUAAAUGGACUCUGUUGGGAGUGCAUUCACAAGCUGAUUUAUGGAAUUCUGGUGUGAAAAUUGUUUUGGUGAUGGUCGCAAAUUGUCUGCCUCGGGAAAUAGUCAGGGGAUCGGCAGUAACCUGUGGAUUUGGAAGUGCAUGUCACCAUGGUUCAUUCAUCUCGGUUGGAGGACAAAUCACUUUUUGUAUCCAAAAAAAAAAAAGGACAAAUCACUUUUUACACACACAAAAAAAAAAAAAGAGGCCAGAUCACUACCUCAUAAAGGAGAUUAAAUAUGUGAUUAGAUUCAUUAUUUCAUGGAACUGUUACUAUUCUUGCAAUUGAGGGUGAAAAUAAUGGGUGCGUAUUAGCCUUCCUCCCCGUUGUUGUUGUUGUGUUUAAACGGGCGUACAAAGUGAGGGUCGGUAUCCUGUGAAGUCAAAGCCUUGCUGUUCUUGCCUCUUGUAGAUUACCAAAUGUAUAUAUAUAAAGAUUUUGGAGUUAACAGAUUUUUUUUUUUUUCAAAAAUUGCAACCUAUUUGUA